AUGGUGAUGCUCCGGAGCGGCUGGGGCGGCUCGGGCCGCCCCGGCGCCCAGGACGAGGACGACGCCUCCCCCGCCGCGCCGCCGGGGUCCCGCUACGACGCGAUGGAGACCAGCUCCGUCUUCCUCAGCCUGGGCCCUCAGCAGACGCCCGGCCCGCCCUCGGCCCGCAGCCAACGCGGCAGCAGACGCCGCCCCGCCGCGCCUCCGGACGGGCCCCGAGCCGCCGCCGAGGAAUUUGCUUCACACAAAGACUGUGAACAUUUUACAAGGCAUUCUGUAAGAGCUCUGCAGAAAAAUAACCCGCAUUACUCAGAUUCGAGUUUUGAAAAAAGCAUUGCAAUGCUAAGUGAGAAUGGUAUUAACAGGAAACAUUUUACACGGCAGCUGGCCAGACUGCAGGCAGAUAAUAAAAAGAAUGAAGACUGUGAAGAAGGUACUGUAGUUCCUGUCACAAAAUCACUGAGACCAAGAGUAAAUGGUAAGCCUGGGAAUGCUUCAGAAGAAAAUGGAGAUGUUGAAGUCCGUCGCAGUUGCAGAAUUAGACAGAGCCGUUACAGCACUAUGAACCAAUCAGUUCUGUUUGACAAGCUUAUUACAAACACUGCAGAAGCUGUAUUACAAAAAAUGGAUGACAUGAAAAAAAUGCGCCGGCGGCGAAUAAUGGAUCUGGAAGACCUUGGGGUGUUCAAUGAUGCUGAAGCGGAAAACAUUGGUGUAUAUUCACGCGGGAAAACAAAAAGAGGGAUUCGAAGGAUUGAUGAAGAAACCACAGACAACCAGGAUGGGAGUGCAGAGUCUUCAGAAGAAGGUGAAGACCAAGAGGAUGAAGAUGGAGAAGAUAAUCAAAAGCGCUAUGACCUCAGAAAGCGAAAAACUGUAGUACGCUAUCAAGCCUCACCAGAAAAACCCAGCCACCAAAGGAAGCCAAAAUUAUUCUUCCCUAAUGCAGCCUCUGCUGUAAGGCGAAGGUUUUCCUUCAGCGCUGCAGGACCAAGGAGCCCUUACUGCAAAAAGAUAAACAGACGCAAGCAUGCAAUUCAUAACAGUGAUUCUACAUCAUCAUCUGAUGACGAACAGCGUUUUGAAAGGCGAAGGAACCGAAGUCUGAACAAAGCAUUAAGCAGGUGCCUUCCUCUGAACUUCAGAAAAGAUGAGUUGAAAGGAAUCCGCAAGGAUCGUAUGAAAAUUGGAGCAAGCCUGGCUGAUGUUGAUCCAAUGCAAAUUGACUGUUCAGUACAAUUUGACAGUGUGGGUGGACUCUCUAGCCAUAUUUCAGCUUUAAAGGAGAUGGUGGUUUUUCCACUGCUUUAUCCAGAAGUGUUUCAGAGGUUCAGAAUUCAGCCUCCAAGGGGUUGCCUUUUCUAUGGUCCACCAGGUACUGGAAAAACUCUGGUUGCCAGGGCCCUUGCUAACGAGUGCAGCCAAGGUGACAGAAGAAUCGCAUUUUUUAUGAGAAAAGGUGCCGAUUGCCUCAGUAAGUGGGUUGGAGAAUCUGAGCGGCAGCUUCGCCUGUUGUUUGAUCAGGCCUAUCAGAUGCGCCCGUCAAUUAUAUUCUUUGAUGAGAUAGAUGGUCUUGCCCCUGUACGGUCCAGUAGACAAGAUCAAAUUCACAGUUCCAUUGUAUCCACACUGCUCGCGCUGAUGGAUGGCUUAGACAGCAGAGGCGAGAUCGUGGUCAUCGGAGCUACCAAUAGAUUGGAUGCCAUAGAUCCUGCUUUACGGAGGCCUGGGCGUUUCGACAGAGAAUUUCUUUUCACAUUGCCAGAUAAAGAUGCGAGGAGAGAGAUUCUCAAAAUUCAUACGCGAGAGUGGUCCCCCAAGCCAUCGGAGAUGUUUCUUGAAGAGUUAGCUGAAAAGUGUGUUGGAUACUGUGGGGCUGACAUUAAAUCCAUAUGUACUGAAGCUGCUUUGUGUGCCCUGCGUCGACGUUAUCCUCAGAUUUACACCAGCAGUGCAAAGUUGCAGUUGGAUAUUUCUUCUAUUAACAUAACAGCUAAAGAUUUUGUAGCGGCUAUGCAAAAAACCAUACCUGCCUCUCAGAGGGCGGUGUCCUCACCUGGCCAAGCCCUCUCUACCAUUGCAAAACCACUACUUGAAAACACACUUCAGAAAAUCUUGGAAACCCUGCAGAGGGUGUUUCCUCAUGCAGAGCUUGCACAAAAAGGCAAGGGAAAGCCAGAUUUUUCAAAUGUGUUGGAUAAUGACUUGCUGUACAGUGAUGAAGAGGGACCAUCAGUGUUUGAAACUGAACGUUGCCAGACAAUAUCCGAUAAACAGAAAGGAAAUACUCUUAAUUUUAACAGAAGUGUUUAUCACCAGCCUACUUCAUACCGACCAAGACUUCUGAUAGCUGGCGAACCUGGGUUUGGGCAGGCCUCUCACUUGGCACCGGCAGUUAUACACGCUUUGGAAAAAUUCACAGUGUAUACCCUGGAUCUUUCUGUUCUCUUUGGAGUUGGUGCUGAAACACCAGAAGAAAAAUGCACACAGUUGAUCAGCGAGGCCAAGAGGACAACGCCAAGUAUAAUAUACGUUCCAAAUGUUCACUUAUGGUGGGAGACGGUUGGACACACACUACAAGCUACAUUUACUACACUGUUGCAGAACAUUCCAUCCUUUGCUCCAGUUUUGCUGCUGUCAACAUCAGAUGUGCAUCAUGCAGGUUUGCCAGAUGAGAUACAAGAAUUAUUUGCUAGUGAUUAUGGGGAAAUUUUCAAUGUCCGCUUGCCUACCACUGAAGAAAGAAAAAAAUUCUUUGAAGAUUUAAUUCUCCACCAAGCUGCUAAACCUCCUGCAUCAAAAAAGAAAGCAGUUUUGCAGGCUUUAGAAGUAUUACCAGUAGCACCAUCCGCUGAACCGCAGCCGCUGACGGAGGCGGAGGUCAAACGGCUUGAGGAGCAAGAAGAAGACACUUUACGUGAACUGAGGAUUUUCUUAAGGAACGUGACUCACAGGCUUGCCAUUGACAAGCGCUUCAGAGCCUUUACAAAACCAGUUGAUUUGCAUGAGGUACCAGACUAUGUCACUGUUAUCAAGCAGCCAAUGGAUCUUUCAGCAAUUAUUUCCAAAAUUGAUCUUCACCAGUAUCUGACUGCAAAAGAUUAUCUGAAAGAUAUUGAUCUAAUCUGUAGCAAUGCAUUGGAGUAUAAUCCAGACAGAGACCCCGGAGAUCGUCUCAUCAGACACCGAGCUUGUUCGCUGAGAGAUACAGCGUAUGCAAUAAUUAAAGAGGAAAUGGAUGAAGACUUUGAACAACUCUGUGAAGAAAUUCAAGAAUCGCGCAAAAAGAGAGGUUGCAGCUCUGCAAAAUAUGCUCCAUCUUACUAUUAUGUAAUGCCAAAGCAGAGUACCUCCUUGGAGUACAAGAAAUUGGAUUCUGAAUGUGGUGAGAAACUGAAAAUUCCUGCAGUACCUGUGGAAACGAGCUCUCCUUGCCUUUCUAAUGCCCUAUCCAAGAGAAAACUCCGAAGAAAGAGCAGGUGGUGCCUGGGUAACCUAGCAAAGAGAAAGAAGACUUCUCAUUUCAACAAAGAGAAUAAAGCCCCGGGAGAAGAUCAAGAUGAACCAGACAGUGAUGGAGAGGAGUGUCUGGAAAAUAACGAUUCCAGCAUGGAACAGAACGAAACAAUUCAGACUUCGCUGGAAGAAUCUGAAAUGGCAUCUCCAGAGGAGCAAGCCAACGGCUAUGAAAAUAAAUCUGAUGCAGAAAAUGAGAAUGAGCAGGCUGAUGGUGAUACUGCCAAGUCUAAAUCGGAGGAGGGCGACAAAGAUACUGAAUGUUCAGAAAAGAGCAAAAGAUACAAUGGAGACCUAAGAGAACAUUUGUCAGACAAGGAUACUAAUGAUGUAUGUGUGCUUCACAUGACUCGUGCUAGGCGCUCUCAGGUGGAACAACAGCAUCUCAUCAGCGUUGAGAAAGCAAUGGAGAUUCUUUCAGAGCAGACACCACCGCUUAUUGUGGACUAUGAAAAGCUCAAUGCAUUAUUGCAAACCGUUGUUCAGAAAACUAAAAGCCACACUCUGUUUCAGUUGGAAAAGCUGUAUGCCUUGCUCAGUCAAUGUAUUUACCGACAUCGCAGUGACUAUGAUAAAACCAAAUUGAUCCAGGAAAUGGAAAGAGAAAUUACAGUCUUCAAUUAACUCCUUU